CGUUCAGUUUAUUCAAAAUUGUCAGUCAUGUCGCUAGUUGUAUUGACUUUUCUAGUACUUUGCGGAUUUUCCUUUUUGGCGCCGCAUGAGGCAGUUGCUGACUGCGGAGCAGACUCAUCUGAUCUAUGGAAGGAUGACACGGACUUGGACGAAGGAACUUGCGCUCGAACCUCGUUGAAUGGUGACGAAUUUGAAUCAAUUGAAAAUGAACCAAUUAUAGUGGAAUCAAAAAAGAAAGUGGUAAAAAAUGUCAGCCCGAAUGCGGAAGUUCAGUUCCCACUAUUUGGAAACAUAAUAAAGAUUUUCAAGUUUAUAUGGCAGGUGCUGAGUAUGUGGAUAAAUUGGAAAUAAUAAAGGCGCUAGGGCAUAUCUGUUCACAGAUCCUGCAAAUGAAA